GACCUUUUUAUAGGGUAACCCAACAAAGAGGUGUUGGCAAGGGUAGGGGUCCAUGGAUGUUGCAUGUCUAGAAGCAGAUCAAUGGGGGACAAAUGUGCCCCAGAAACUAAUGAUUAGUCCCACAUCCACAUUAGGCAUUAUCUCAUUUUGAUUCCACAUAUCAAAUCUUAGGGUAAAAUUUAUGCAUAUCUAUUCCUUGCUCACACCCUCAUACACAUCACACAUGCCUCUGCCUUUAAUUAAUUCAUUUGCAUGUCAUUUGUCAUCUUCUUUCCUAACUAAUAAAACAUUAUAUUAUAUUAAUUAUUGGUCUUCCUUAUAAUAUGCUUGUCAUUCCAAUUCCAUUGAGUAGUCUUUGUUGAGAGGGGAAUAAUUGGAAUCAUGGCUAGUAACCAAAAGAGAGGGUUCUUGUACAUUUAUAAAGCUGGAAAUCAUCAUCAGAGAAAGAAGGAUGAGGAUAAUCAAGGCAAGAAAUCCAAUUCAUCUAGAAGUUGGUUGCAAAGGCUAACCAGAACUCGAAAUUCUUCAAAUGCUGAAAAGAUUGUUGUUGAAGAAGGUGGGUUUGUGGAAGCAAGAAAUUCAACAUCAUGCUUGGAGUUAGGAGGAGGAGGAGGAGGAGGAGGAGAAGGAUUUGUAGAGGGAAGAAAAUCAGUUUCUUGCAUAGAGACAAGAACAGCAGCAUCAUCACCAGCAGUAACAGUAUCAAAAGGAGUGAUAUUUGAGGAGAGAAGAAAAUCAGUGUCUCAGAUUGAGGGAGAUUUUGGAGGAGGAGUAGAAAAGGUUGUUGUUGAUGAAGGCAGAAAAUCAGUGUCACAGAUUGAGACAUUGUCAUCAGUGACAGCAUAUCUUCAGGUUAAGGUUUUGGUUUCUGACAUGCCAAGUUUCAUGCAAGUGCAUGCCUUUCGUUCUGCUAGAAGAACCUUUGAUAGCUUGGAACAGUUUAGUUCUAAACACAUUGCUCAUAACAUUAAGAAGGCUCAACUCUCACCCCAUGUGCACUGCAUAGACAGUGAAUUUGACAAAGCUUAUGGUCCGGUGUGGCAUUGCAUUGUAGGUUCAAGCUUUGGUUCUUUCGUGACGCAUGCAACGGGUUGUUUUCUUUAUUUCUCAAUGGAAAAUUUGUAUAUUUUACUGUUCAAGACCAAAGUUAAGAAGACCUUGGGUAAAGGUACAUGUUAAUAUAAUAUCAUAUAAUUAUUAUAUAUAUAAAUAUAUAUAAGAGUUAGCUGCUAGCACAUCGACUUUUUAU